AUGCACCAGGAAUCUCUGAACGCGAAGUCGUUCGCCCGACGAGCAUCUCCCCGCAGGGAUCGCUUCCUGAGUUCAUUCGACGGCGUCAAGCUCUGCGACACUUGCAGAUCAAAUCAGGCCCUCGUGAUGAGCUUGUUAUCGAGCUACCUACCGCCAUCCGAAGAUGAUCCAGAAUACAGAUAUCGUCUGGACACAUAUGAUGAAUACAAGCGGACGCUCGAAGCUCGAUACCCCCCGCUCUGCGGCCCUUGCUCUGUGCUCGUGGAGGAGGAGAUACGCCGGAAGAAUUCAAUGGCGCGUUUGAACGUAUUGGGGAGAGGGUUGGCCAAUACCAAACGGACGGAUAAGAAGCGGCAGGUUUCGGCUUCCAUGGAUGACCGGAUGCAGCUGAAGAGGGAGCUGCUAUGGUGGAGGCUCAGAGGAGUACUCUUUUGGUUGACAUUGGCAAUAGCUGUCGCGGUCGACUGGAUUGGCGCCACUUCCACAUUAGCCCACGAUCAUCAUUCAUGUAAACGCCUUUACCUUGCCAUGCUCGCCCUCUCCCCGCUCUGGAUGGCGUGGGAUCCCACAUACGCUCAUAUGCGGCGGGCCCGGUUACAAGGACGUCGUGUCAAUGUGCAUGGCCGACGCACAUAUAUCAUGCUGCAAUCGUUCAUGUGGUUCAACCGCCUCGUGCUCUCGCUACUAUUGGUAUUACCAGAGCUUAAACCCAGCUGGGAUUUACUAAAGUUGCAACACGUACCUCCAUCUCAACGAAGUCGCUCGGUAUUCUUAGCCGAGCUUUGUAUUGAAAUGCUUGUCUGUGUCGCCUCAUAUAUCGCCCUUCGUCUGUACGAUGCACCACACGUUCGCUUGUUGUAUGAAACUGCCGAACGUGAUCGCUCACGGACGGCAACGCCGGCACCGCCAUCUGCGCCACCAGGAAAGACUCGUUUUACGACCCCCGUAUUUUCAGCUCCUUCAAAGGAAGGCCCUUCGUCCGCACAUGUAUCUCGCACAUCAAGAUCUGCAUCGUUAGAACCACAAACGUCGUUCAAUAAAGCAUCAUCCUCCACCCAUAGUGUCUUCGGACGACCUUCUCUAUUAGCCAACAACUGGUCCGCGUCCGGCUCCCGCGAUCCUCGUUCUAGGACGAUAGAGAGGCGUGCCCCGACGAAGGUGGACGAAGACGAAGACGCCAUGGACUGGACACCGACGGUACCCGAACCAGAAGCUCGGCCCCGUCAACCACAGGUUUCGCGUUCAACUCCAUCGGGCGUCAGACGCGAGGACACCGGUCUUGAAGACCUCUUUGCGGGAACCAAACUGGUGGAGGAGCCGCCACGCUUCGGCGCCUUCCGCACCAUGCCUCAGGCUGGCGGGUGGAGUUGGUGGUGGGUGUAUGGAUUGUUAAUCAUACCUUUAUCGGCGAUUGUCUACGCCUUAUGGUUGUCGCGGAGGGUGCCAUACGGGCCUAUGAAUGCAUAA